CUUGCAUUUGUGAGAGAACUUAACUUAAAACGUGAGUUCAAGAGAGAGAGAGAGAAUCUGAGAAGCUCACUGCUUCGCUGAUUUUGAGGAAAGAGAAAGUGAGAGAGAAGAGUACCUCACAAGACUUUGCACAGAUAUUAGACGAAGACUCCGCAUUGUCUUUCUUCUUCAGACACAACACAUCCUUGUCAAUAGAGUUGAAAGUCCUGAUAAAAAAAAACCCAGAUCAAUCAUGUCUCAACAACCAAACUCCAAGUCCCUCUCAGAUUACGAAACAGCUUGGAGCCCAACAUCUCCUUUGGAGUUCAGAUUGUUUCUAGGGAACCCCUUUGGUGGGUCUUCUUCUCUGAGGUCGAUCCCGAGAAUGCAUCAAAGGAGCUGGGAUUCUGGGAAAGUAGGCUUGAGGAUUGUGGAUUCUCUCGAUGAUCAUCGCACUGAUUCCUCGAGGAUUCUUCUUCCAUCACCUGAUAGUAAAAACAUGAUCUUUGGGUCCUUGAUGAUGAACCCCUUUACCAAAUCUCCUAUGCUCAAGGAUGAUAAGCCUAAUGUUGAUGGCUCUUGCUCUGGUGCUGUCAACAACAAUGAUGCUUGUCAACAAGGAUCGGUUAGUGAGCCUAUUGAGAGUGAAGUUGAGAUCUCAGAGGAGGACUAUACUUGUGUUAUAUCACAUGGUCCUGAACCCAAAACCACUCAUAUAUACGGGAGUCAGGUUCUGGAGUCGGUAGAGAACGAUGGGAUGACGAAGAAAGGUUGUUGUGAAGACGAGAAAGAGAGCAUUUUUGUUAUUGCUCCUCUUGACUUGACAACGAUUGCUGAUGAGUUACUACCUCCCAGUGACUUCUUGAGGUUCUGCUCCUUCUGUAGUAAGAAGUUGGGUAUGGGGAAAGAUAUAUACAUGUACAGAGGAUACAAAGCGUUUUGCAGUAGCGAGUGCCGUUCAGAGGUGAUUCUUCUGGAUGAGGAAAGGGAGGAGGAAGAAGAUGAAGAAGCUAAGUCUGACUCAUCUUCAGACAAGGACCUCUCCAAGAAGAAGAGCAGCGGUGUGAUCUUCACCGUUGGCUGAGGUCUAAUGCACCCACCAUUUCCAUGAUUGGUUUUGAGUCCAUGAAAAAAGGAGGGAAGGUAGAAGAAGCUUGAGCUUGAUCAUCUGUUUAGAAAAAAAAAAAAGAGCUGCUGGUUUCUCUAAAUCAAAGCGGCCAUGGAUGAUCAUGUUUUUGUAUAUUGCUUGUGCUUCUACUACUACCUGACAAAAACAUUAUAUGGUCUCAUCUUUCAUGGUUUUGGUGGGUGUUUAAUGUUUAUUGUUAUGGAUAUUUUAUAAGUAUAUGGUUCUCUUAUUCAGAGAUGACAAUCUUAAAUUAUAUAUAUAAGAAGAGGGUAAAAUAAGCCGGUUUUUGUGGCUCCCCCCUUCAGUUAUCUCUUGAUGUUAUACCCAGAGACAAGAGUCAGUGGUCAGUGUAUUUAGCAAGUCACAUGGAAAGAUGAACUAUAUGAAGAAAGUUUCUCUGUUUUUUUGUGUAUAUUAUAUAAUUAUAUCUCUGAUUUGUUUUGAGUAUAUUCCUAGUUCCAAGAGCACAUGCAUGAAAACUCAAGGCAAGUCAUGCAACAUUGCAAAUAUACAUCUCUCAAUACAUUGGGCAGUAAACAAGUUCUUCAAAGUUGGGCUCUUUUAAUACAACUUCGAUAACUGAGAGUGAGAGAGCUAUCAAGAUUCUGAACCUCUCCUAUCAAAUUUAACUACAGUUUCAAAAAAAAAGAAGAAGCAAUUUUUGAUGAAGAAAAGCUGAAGUACAGGAGAUGGAAGUAUCACCAAAACCUCCAAGGAUCCUUGUAUGGAGGAA